CAGUAGUGCAAGUAAUUAGGCUAAAAUAGAGUAUUUUUAAUAGCUUUGGUGUUUCUUUAGGACAUGAAGAUUGUCUGUUGUACUCUUAGCUUUGGUUAUAUGAAGUGAUAUUUGAUAUGAUUGCCUUAGCAACGACCAAAGCGUUCGGGGCCUCCACGCGGGUGGUGUGAGCAGCUUUGCAGCUAACUGACUUGCUAGAUAAUUGUCAACUGAAUAGAAUAUAUUUUCGCAUUGCUUGAUGGUCUCCCGCUCGUGAAAGAACGUUAAAAUGUCUGGCUUCAGUUUUGGAACGGGGACUAUUGGCUCAACGAACACUGGUGGAGGGUUUUCAUUUGGAACCGCCACGAGUGCUCCUGCUGCUGGAACAGGUGGGUUCAGCUUCGGUGGUCUAGGAGCAGCGACAUCCACACCUGCCGCCACAACCACCACAUCUUCUCUCGGGCUGGGCGGUAGCUUGUUUGCACAAAAACCGAACAGUGGAUUUUCCUUCAAUACCCCGGCCUCAGGUAGAGCUGCUGCACCAUCUACUGGCCUUACAUUUGGCACUCCUGCUGCCACCACUGCUGCUACGACAGGCUUUAGUCUGGGCUUUGGUAAACCAGCAGCCUCAGCCACGCCCUUCUCCCUGACCGCCACCACCUCUGCACCCGCGGCCGCUGGACUAACCCUUGGCUCUGUCCUCACGUCUGCUGCUGCUCCUCAGACAAGCUCCACAGGCUUCUCCCUCAACCUAGGUGGAACCACAGCCACCUCAAGCGCCCCCUCCACUGGCCUUUCGCUUGGCUCCAGCCUUUUUCCCAGCACUGCCACAACAGGUCUGGGCCAGCCUACUCUUGGAGGAGUUCUGAGUUUAGGAGGUCUGGGUACCACUUCUACUGCAACCACAGCAGCUCCUGCACCCACAGCCAGUGUAGGUUUAGGCGGAGUUGACUUCAGCACUUCCUCGGAAAAGAAGAGCGAUAAAUCGUCUGGUGCCAGACCCGAGGACAGUAAAGCUCUCAAGGAUGAAGAUCUACCUGCACUCAUUUGCCAGGACGUGGACAAUUUCCAGAAAUUUGUGAAAGAGCAAAAGCAAGUUCAAGAAGAGAUCAGCAGAAUGUCUUCAAAAGCCAUGCUUAAGGUUCAGGAUGACAUCAAAAACCUGAAGCAACUGCUGUCCGUCAGCGCCAGCGGACUGCAAAGAAACGCCCUGUCCAUAGACAAACUGAAGAUGGAGACUUCCCAGGAGCUGAAGAAUGCUGACAUUGCUCUUCGGACUCAGAAGACACCUCCAGGACUCCAGCAUGAGAACACUGCCCCGUCAGAUUAUUUCCGUGCCCUGGUGGAGCAGUUUGAGGUGCAACUUCAGCAGUAUCGUCAACAGAUAGAAGAACUGGAGAACCACCUGACCACCCAGAGCAGUGGCUCACACAUCACACCUCAAGAUCUGUCGCAAGCCAUGCAGAAGCUCUACCAGACGUUUGUGGCGUUGGCUGCGCAGCUGCAGGUGGUACAUGAGAAUGUCAAGGUGUUGAAGCAUCAAUACCUGAGCUACAGGAGAGCGUUCUUGGAAGAUUCCACCGACGUGUUCGAGUCUAAGCGAGCAGCCAAUAAGAAGUGGCAAAGCACCCCCCGUGUCACCACUGGCCCCGCUCCCUUCGGCAGUGUCCCGAACGCUGCAGCCGUCGCCAUGGCUGCGACGCUAACACAGCAGCAACAGCCUGCUCCAGGAUCACAGGCACCCCUGGGGGCAAGUUUUGGCACUCCCUUUGCCUCAGCCACUAGCUUGGGCUCAACCAGCCUUGGAGCUUUUGGUAGUGGCCCAGGGUUUGGAGGGGUAGCGACCGGUGGCUCUUCGUUUGGUUUCUCUUCUAGCAAGCCGUCCGGAGGGAGCCUGAGCGCAGGAUUUGGGAGCUCCAGCACGUCGGGUUUUAACUUCAGUAAUCCAGGCAUCAAUGCAUCUGCCGGACUCACAUUCGGUGUGUCCAAUACCCCUGCUGCCGGAUUCGGUGCAGGAGGGCCUCUGCUGCAGCUUAAAAAGCCCCCUGCAGGGAAUAAGAGGGGCAAAAGAUAAAAGAAAGAAAACAACACACACACAAGUGAAGAAGAGGCAAAGGGAAAAACAACAGGCUGAUUGGCAGGAGUCACUGUCUUUCUCAG